AUGUCAAAGGAAGAGACUGAAGGGACUAAUGUUCUGGACGAGCCCAUUCACGGGAUCUACAUCCCUGCCGCACUAUUCAUUGUUGGUGUAGCCAUCACUACGUAUAUGUCUGGUGAGUUGAAAAUCUUGUGGAGUUUACCCAUUCUCUCCACAAUCAUCUUCAUUAGGGCAUAUACAGCCUAUAAAAGAAGAAGAUCACUGUUCCCGAACAAGUGGUCACCUUUAGAAUUGGAAGACCAAACCAUAAUUUCAAAGAACACGGCCCUGUAUCGUUUUAGGUUGAAGACUAGAUUGGAGAGUUUGGAGAUUCCUGCUGGUCACCACGUUGCCGUACGUGUCCCCGUUGACGGAAAAGACGAAAUCAGGUACUACAAUCCAAUCACUUCUAAGUUGGAAGACGGGCACCUGGACUUGGUGGUUAAGGCAUACGUUGAUGGUAAAGUCUCUAAGUACUUUGCCGGCUUAAAUCCUGGCGACACGGUCGACUUCAAGGGACCAAUAGGCACUUUAAACUACGAACCAAAUUCCUCCAAGCAUUUGGGCAUUGUGGCCGGUGGCUCCGGUAUCACCCCAGUCUUACAGAUCUUAAAUGAAAUCAUCACUGUUCCCGAAGAUUUGACGAAAGUAUCACUGCUGUAUGCCAAUGAGACCGAAAAUGAUAUCCUACUAAAGGAGGAACUGGACGAGAUGGCCGAAAAAUACGCACACUUCCAAGUUCAUUACGUAGUACACUACCCAUCCGACACAUGGACCGGAGAUGUCGGCUACAUCACCAAGGACCAGAUGAGCAAGUACCUACCGGAGUAUUCGGGGGAUAACAGACUCUUGAUCUGUGGACCUGAUGGAAUGAACAACUUGGCCCUUCAAUACGCCAAGGAACUAGGCUGGAAGGUCAAUUCGACGAAAAGUUCAGGUGACGAUCAAGUCUUUGUCUUUUAA